GUGGGAGGGACUACGGCUGUCCGUGUCUCUCCGUUAGGGGGCGGACCGGGAGAGUGACGCUCGAAGCUGAUUGGAGAAUCUGUACAGCUACGUGGCCCUGUCAUGGCCGCCUCCAACUCAUCUCUUCCUUGAUAGAAAUAACCAUGAUGAUCAUGGUUAUUAUAGGGAGGAGGUGAAGUCCAGCUGCUACGUAAUGCGGUGACAGAUGUAUUACAGGGGACCCGCCGUGGGUCUCUCCUUCUGCAUCUUCUAUUUGGCGUUUCACUUCACAAACAAGUAUGUUCUGUCUAUUCUGAAAUUCACCUAUCCUACCCUUUUUCAAGGGUGGCAAACCUUAGUGGGUGGCGUCUUUCUUCACGUCUGGUGGAAGCUGGGCUGGGUGGAGAUUAAUUGCACUUCCAGAGCUGAGAUUGUAUCAUGGCUUCCAGCAUCGGCUUUCUUUGUGGGUAUUAUUUAUGCAGGCUCCAGGGCCUUGUCAAGGCUGCCUAUUCCUGUGUUCCUCACCCUACACAGUGCAUCCGAGGUUGUAACGUAUGUCAUCCAGAGGCUUUUGUUCAGAGAGCAAAGUUCUCAAACAAGAACGUGCAGUGUAAUACUGUUGCUGGUCUCUGCAGGAUGCCUUCCAAUACAUGACUCUCAGCUUGAUAUAGAUGGUUAUUUUUGGGCUGUCAUUCACCUGGCUUGCUCAGGAUGUUACAGAGUAUUCCAGAAGUCUCAAAAGUCAAGUUUGCUAAGUGACAUUGAUCAACAAUAUAUAAACUAUUUUUUCAGUGUUAUACUGUUAGCCUUUGCCUCACAUCCUACUGGUGACCUCUUCAGUGCCUUGGAAUUUCCCUUCCUCUAUUUGUAUACAUUUCACAGUGGAUGUUGUGCCAGUGGCAUUUUGGGGUUCUUGUUGAUGCUUCUGUCGGUGAAGUUAAGGAGUAGCCUCUCUCCUGCGCAGCAUCUCUGGUGGAGUUUCCUUGCUAAGGUUCUUACAGCAGUUAUCUCUCUAUUUGUCUUUGAAAUAUCCCUGAAUGUUCCUCUUACUAUGUGUUUCCUGGCAUGCUGCCUGGGAGAGGCUCUUCUAGUGUAUGCAGCGAGGACCGGUGCAUGAAAAAUACCGGUUAUGUUGGUAACGGAUGCUCUCAAAACUAGAUUAUUUCCACAAUUAUCCAUUCCUGCGAGAAGCACCAAGCAAGAAUUUGUUUUAUUGACUUUAAAUAUUCUAUACAUUAUGAUUUUAAUGAAAAGGAAGUUUACAAAUGUUUUUCAACUUGUGUUUACAAACUAGUCUGUCAGGUAGAGAUGACUUUGGCAUUGAAGAGAACCAAAGUAUAACCCUAUAACACUGUGUGUAAAGGAUUACUUAUGGAUUAUGCAGUGACACUAAUAAUAUUGGUAGAGAAGCAGCAACUGUAUAUAAUGCACCAUGGGGGUAAUUCUGAGUUGAUCGCAGCAGGAACUUUGUUAGCAGUUGGGCAAAACCAU